AUGGGUGAAAACGAUACAGAACGUAAUUUACUAAGAAGCCUCAUAAAUGCUUCGGAAAAAGCAGCUAAUAUUGCCCGUAUAUGUCGAUCAAAUGAACAACUUCUGUCGUUAUUAGUUCAAGAAAAAAGUGGAACUGAAGCAAAUGCGCGAUUUGAACAUGAUUUCAAGACCCUAGCAGAUGUACUGAUACAAGAAACUAUCAAACAUGAUGUUGGAAAUUUAUUUCCCGAAUUGCGUGAAUCCAUUUGUGGCGAGGAAUCACCAAAUUUUACAAAUACUCUUGGCGAAUCAGUCACCAUUAGUGUAGGUGAUACCUUAACAAAUACAAUACAAUGUCUGUCCACAGUGCUAAAUGGUAAUGAAGAAGCAGCGGAAGCAUUAGCCAAUGAAGUCCAUCAUCGUGCGAUGACUUGUUUUGGACGUGCGCGUAACCCCGUGGAGCAAGGUAUUAUAUGGAUAGGUGGUGCCAAUCGACCACGUGAUACUCGAUUUGAACGUUUAGUCAUACGCAAUUAUUCACUUGUAACUGAUAUAACAUUAGAGCAUUUAGUGCAGUGUUCACCAUUUUUGAUACACAUCGAUGUGAGUGGUACAAGUGUUACCAUUGCAGGCGUGCGCCGUUUCAAACAAUUGAAACCAGAUUGUGAAGUAGUUGCAACUCAUUUGCCUGAAUCAUCUGAAGACAAUGACACUGACAAGAAUGCUACUUAA